UCUAGUCCCCGUCGCGUACGCAUCUGCCGCGCGCUAACAAUACAAGUUAUAAAUUUGUGUGUGUCCAAGUGAAGUGUUAGUGUUUUGACACAUCGGAUGGAUUGUUAUCGCCCUGUCACGUUCCGAUAGUUGAGCUUGUUAAUAUUAAAAGUGGAAAGUGUUAAGUGUGAAGCGCUAAUGACGCGAUGCAGAGACAGUUGAGUAACGUCAGUAUCCACUCCUACCAGGAGUACCAGCCGGCGAGGAGAUAUGGGUCACAGUAUGAGCCCGGCGGGUACGCGACGGCAGUACAGCAGCGUACCAACAUGACGCAACGCGAGGACGCCCUCAAGUUCGAGCAGGGCCGCAUCAAGGCGCUCCAGGAGGAGAGGUUGCACAUACAGAAGAAGACCUUCACGAAAUGGAUCAAUUCCUUCUUGCAAAAGGCUCGUAUGGAGGUGGAGGACCUGUUCGUGGACUUAGCGGACGGUCGUCGUCUCCUGAAGCUGCUGGAGAUCAUCAGCGGCGAGCGUCUCCCGCGACCCAACUCGGGGCGCAUGCGCGUGCACAAGAUAGAAAAUGUCAACAAAUCUCUCAGUUUCUUACACACAAAGGUGCGCCUGGAAUCAAUCGGCGCGGAGGACAUCGUGGACGGGAACCCCCGUCUCAUCCUCGGUCUCAUCUGGACCAUCAUCCUGCGCUUCCAGAUUCAAGAGAUCGAGAUCGACGUGGACGAAGAAAAUGAAUCAUCAGAGAAGAAGUCUGCCAAGGACGCGCUGCUGUUGUGGUGUCAGCGCAAGACGAGCGGCUACCACGGCGUCCACAUUCACAACUUCACCGACUCGUGGCGCUCCGGUCUCGGGUUCAACGCCCUCAUACACGCUCACAGACCCGACCUGUUCCGCUGGGCGGAGCUGCCGGCCGGCGACCACGUGGAGACGCUCAACCACGCCUUCGACGUCGCGCACUCGCACCUCGGCAUCCCGCGCCUGCUGGACGCCGAGGAUGUGGACACAACCCGUCCCGACGAGAAGUCGGUGAUGACGUACGUCGCGAGCUACUACCACACCUUCGCUCGCAUGAAGAACGAACAGAAGAGCGGCCGCAGGAUAGCGAACAUUAUCGGUCAGCUUAUGGACUGCGACGGUCGUAAAACCGAAUACAGCCGCCUGGUCUCAGCUCUGUUGGAAUGGAUCCGGCUCAAGAUCCAGGAGCUGAACUGCAGGGACCUACCCAACUCGCUCGACGGGAUACAGAGAUUACUGCUCGGCUUCAAGCAAUACAGAACCGUGGAAAAACCACCCAAAUACAUAGAACGUUCAGAGAUCGAAGCUCUGUACUUCCACAUCAACACCAUGCAGAAGAGCUUGGUCGGAGAACCGUGGGCGCCGCUAGAGGGUCAACUACCACAGGACCUGGAGAGAGCUUGGCAGCAGCUGGAACAGGCUGAACACGCCCGGGAGCUGGCUCUCAGGACGGAGCUGCUGCGGCAGCAGAGACUAGAACAGCUUGCUUACAAGUUCCAUACAAAGUCCGUGCUCCGCAAAGGAUACUUGAAGGAAAUGAUCCAAGUGUUGUCCGAUCCGCGCUACGGGUCCAACCUGGCGCAAGUGGACGCCACAGUCAAGAAACACGAGGCUAUCUCCGCUGACAUCCUGGCUAGAACGGAACGCUUCGAAGAUCUGUCGGCGAUGGCAGCAGAACUUGUCAAGGAGAAGUACCAUGGUGCAGAGACAGUGUCCCGCACGGAGCAGGCCGUGCUUCAGCGCUGGAAGGAACUGCUGGAACUGCUGGAGCGACACAGGACCUCGCUGGCGAAGUUAGCUCAUUUGAUGGCGCUGUUGAGGGAGGCGGAAGCCGUCGCGCACACCCUGAACGAGAUGAAGGCACAGUUCCAGUCGGAGGACGUGGGCCGCCACCUGGUGGACGUGGAGCGCCUGCUGCAGGCGCACGCUCUGCAAGAGUUGCAACUGGGUGCCCUGGACGAGAGCAUCCGGCGCCUCGUGCGCCAGCGGGCCGCCGUCGGGACCGCGCACAGCACCGUACAGCUGCAGGAUCAGCUGCAACGCCUGGAGGACGACUACACCGGUCUGGUCGCAGCCGCUAAAGACCGCAAGGCGCGAUUGGAGGACGCCAGAAACCUUUACCAGUUCCUGGAAGACCACGACGAGGAAGAAGGCUGGGUGACGGAGCGCCAGCGCAUCUGCCGCGCCGACGUGGCGGCCAAGGAGCUGCGCGCCGUGCUGGCGCUGCGGCAGAAGCACACGGCGCUGCUGCACGAGCUGCGCGCGCGCAGACACGUGGCGCAGCCGCACCGCGCCAAGGGCCUCAGUCUCAUCGAGGCCAAGCAUCCCAAGAGCGCCGAGAUAGAGCGCCGCCUCGCGUCGCUGAGCGCGCAGUGGGAGCUGCUGCAGGAGCUGGCCGACGCCAGGGACAAGCAGCUGGCCGACGCGGCCGAAGCUCACCAGUUCUACGGCGACGCGAACGAGGCGGAGUCGUGGAUGCGCGAGAAGCGCGCGCUGGUGGCGAGCGCGGACUGCGGGCUCGACGCGGCCGGCGCCGCCGCGCUGCUGGCGCGCCAGCGCGCGCUGCACGACGAGCUGCGCGCGCACCGCGCCGAGCUGGACGCGCUGGCCGCCGCCGCGCGCGCGCUGCUCGGCCGCGGCAUCGACGCGCUGCAGCUCCCGACGGAGGUCGAGGCGACCGCCGGCCUGGACCAGGAGGAGGAGUGGGUGAACGAGUCGAGGCUCGUGCCCACCGAGGUCUGGGAGGAGGAGCCCGUGGAGAGACUCGAGCACCGCAACGUCACCGAGCAGAGGAGCGUUCCGCAGGUGAAAGCACUGUACGCGUUCAGCGGUCAAGGCAUAACCAUCGCGAAGGGCGAGGUCAUGUUCCUCAUAAGCAAGACCAAUCCGGACUGGUGGUCGGUCCGCAAAGCUGACAGAACCGACGGAUUCGUGCCCGCCAACUACGUGCGAGAGAUCGAGCCCAGAGUUGUAGCCGUGCAAGUUCGUCGACCGGAGAAGGUCCGCACGGUACAGCGCGUGAAGAAAACGGUGCUGGUGAAGCAGGUAGUGCAGGUGCGGCGCGGGAGGCAGGAGCCGGCCCGCCGUGCGCGUGCGCAGCCGCCGCCCGCCAGGCUGCCGCCCGUGCGCGUGCGCAUGCAGACCAUCGAGGACGAGUACGAGGAGCUGCUGAAGCUGUCCGAGGCUCGACGGCUCCAACUCGAGGACGCUAUCAAGCUGUACAGCUUCUUCGCCGAGUGCGACGACUUCGACAAGUGGAUCAAGGAGAAGGAGAAGAUGCUGCGGACCGAUGAGGGAGACGACAGCGUCGACACGGCCAAGAGGAAAUAUGAGAAAUUCGUAACCGACCUCUCCGCGGCCUCCAAACGCCUGGAGAGCAUCGACGCGGCUGCAGAGGAACUGGUCGCCGCCAACCACAGCCAGGCCGCUCGGGCCACCGCCAGGAGGCAGCAGCUGCGACAGCAGUGGGAGAGACUGCUCAGGCUCAAGCAGCAGAAAGAGAAGAGCCUGGAAGGAGCAUCCAGCGUGGAGCUGUUCAACCGCACGUGCGACGAGGCGCUGGAGUGGAUGUCGGAGAAGGAGCAGCAGCUGGCCGGCAGCAGCGCGCCCGCCGCCGACCUGCGCACCGUGCGCGCGCUGCAGCGCCGCCACGCGCAGCUCGAGCGCGAGCUGGAGCCGCUGCGCGACAAGGUGCACACCGUCACGCUGCUGGCCGACGACGUGAAGUCGCAGUACCCGGCGGAGCGCGCCAACGUGGAGGGUCGGCAGCAGCAGCUGGAGCAGGCGUGGGGGCGGUGCCGCGCGCGGGCGGCCGAGCGCCGCGAGCGCCUCGAGAGCGCCGUCGGCCACCAGGUCUUCGAGAACGGGGCCAAGCAGCUGCACGACUGGAUACAGAAAGUGCGCGAGCAGGUGUCGCAGGAGGUGUGCGCGAAGGACGUGGCGACGGCGGAGGCGCUGCUGAAGCAGCACCAGGAGCUGCACGACGACAUCAAGGCGCACGACGACGAGUUCAAGGAGGUGAUCGGUCUGGGCCAGCAGCUGGUGGGCAGCAACCCUGCCCUCACGGACGUGGCCGAAACCGCGCGACAGCUCGCCGCAGACCAGGCCACCAUCGCCAAGGAGUGGAAAGAAAAGGACCAGUACCUCCGUCAGUGCUUGCAGCUGCAGAGCUUCCAGCGCGAGGCGGACCAGAUCGACGCCUCGAGCGGAGCCCACGAGGCUUUCCUCGAGUACCAACACUGCGGCUCGUCGGUGGACGAGGCGGAGGCGCUGCUGAAGCGACACGAGGAGCUGGAGGCGCGGCUGUCGGCGCAGGACGAGCGCGCCACCGCCUUCGCGCAGCGAGCGCACGCGCUGCUGCAGCAGCAGCCGGAGCACUACGCCGCCGAACGCAUCUCAGCGCGCUGCGCGGCCGUGCUGCGGCGCCGCGACGCCGUGCGCGUGGGCGCGGCCGACGCGCGGCGCGCGCUGCUGGCGGGGCUGGCGCACCAGCAGUUCGUGGCCGCCGCCGACGAGCUGCAGGCCUGGAUCGAGGACAAGACGCGGACGGCCAACGACCAGAGCUACAGAGAUUUGGCAAACUUGGAACGAAAAUUGCAAAAACACGAAGCGUUUGAAAGAGAAUUGCAGGCGAAUGAGAAACAGCUCAGAAACGUGGAGAGUAUCGGCGAGUCGCUGCAGAAGUCUGACAGUGCACGAGCGUCAGUGGUGUCGUCGCGCCUUCAGACCCUGCGCGAGGACUGGGCGGCGUUGUUGACGGCUUCCAGGGACAAGGGAGGCAAGCUCAGACAGGCCUCGCAGCAGAGACUGCUCCGACGGUCCGUGGAGGACGCGAAGGCUCGACUGUUGGAAUUGGAGCGAGCUCUGAGCAGUCAGGAACUGGGAUCGGAUCUACGUUCCUGCAAACGGCUGCUCGUCCAGCAUCAGGCGCUGGAGCAGGAACUCUCGUUGUGCGAGCAGCGCGCAGAGGCGCUGUCAGCUCAGGGGGGGGACCUGGUGUCGGACGGACACUUCGACGCGCCCGCCAUCGAGCGCGACUGCGCCGCCCUGCUGCGCGCCGCGCGAGAGCUGCGCCCGCAAGCGCAGCUGCGGCGCAAGGCGCUCGAGGACAGCCUCCAACUGCACAAGUUCGCGGCGGAGGUGGUGGGCGAGCUGGCGUGGGUGUCGGAGCGGGCGGCGGCGGCGUCGUCGACGACGAUGCCGGGCGACCUGCUGGCGGCGCAGGCGGCCGGCAAGAAGCACGCCAAGCUGCGCGCCGAGCUGGAGGGGCGCGCGCCCGUGGUGCGGCGCGUGCUGGAGCGCGGCCGCGAGCUGCGGCCCGCCGCCGCCGCCGCCGCCGCGCAGCCGCACCCGCAGGCGCACCGGAUCAAAGAACUUUGCAAUCAACUGGAAAAAGAAUACACCGCCGUGUCCCAAGCGGCCGAGGAGCGCGCGGCGCGGCUGGAGGCAGCGCUGAAGGCGCAGCAGUUCCUCCACGAGGCGCUGGAGGUGGACUCGUGGCUGGCGGACAAGGCGGCCGCGCUGGCGUCCGCGGACGUCGGCAACGACCGCCACCGCGCCACGCAGCUGCUGACCCGGCACAAGGCCGUCGAGCUAGAGUUGGACACAUACGCGGCCAUCAUAGCGGAGAUGGGCCACGUGGCGGCGUCCAUGGCCACCAGCGGGCACCCCGAGGGCGAGGCGCUAGUGGAGCGCCACACGCAGCUGGCGGAGAGCCUCGCCCGCCUGCAGCGCCGCGCCGCGCUGCGCCAGGCCGCGCUCGUCGAGAGCGUCUGCAGGCACGAGUACCUCGCGGAGAGCGCGGAGCUGGAGAGCUGGAUACAGGAGCAGUACGCGGCCGCUUCCAGCGAGGACUACGGGCAGGAUUACGAACAUCUACUGAUCCUGCGAUCCAAAUUCGAGGAGCUCCGCCACCGCGUGGAGAGCGGCGCCGAGCGGUUCAACCAGUGCGAAGAGUUGGCUAAGAAGCUGCUCGCUUCGGAGAGCCCCUACAUCGCCGACAUCGAGAAGAGGCAGGAGGCACUCGGAGAGUCCUGGCAACGGCUCGUCGAUCAGAUUCAGUCCCGUAAUGCUCGUCUUCAUGCCGCGGGAGAGAUACAUCGCUUCCACCGCGACGCGAGUGAGCUACUGGCGCGCGCGGCAGACAGACGGGCUCGUCUCCAACCUCCGCCCCCACCUCGGGACUUACGAGCAGCUACCGCGCUGUUGAGAGACCACGAUACGGCUGAGAACGAUUUGGCUGCGAUAGAUGCUCAGAUGCAGGUGCUGCAAGAGGAAGGUGCCCGCCUGCAGCGCCUGUGCCCCGGUGGCAACGAAGCGCAGAUAGCGCUGCGGCAGCACGCUCUAGCGGACGCCUGGACCGCACUACGAAGCGCCGCAGACGAGCGCCGCAGACUGCUGCACCAGCACCUGCAGCUGCACCAGUUCUUCUCCGAGGUGCGCGACCUGUCGUCGUGGGCGAGCGCGCUGCGCGGCGAGAUGAGCGGCGCGGGCGGCGCGCGCUCGGCGGCGGCGGCGCAGGCGCAGCGCGCGCACCACGACGCGCUGCGCGCCGAGAUCGACGCGCGCGACGACAGCUUCCGCGCCGCGCUCGACGCCGGCCAGCGCCUCGUGGCCGAGGGCCACCCCGCCGCGCAGGAAAUCGAGGAGCGCUGCUCGGCCUUGCUGGAGGAGCGAGCGCGGCUGCAGGGCGCGUGGGCGGCGCGCCAGGUGGCGCUGGACCAGCUCAUCGACUGGCACUGCUUCCUGCGCGACGCCAAGCAGCUGCACGACCUCUGCUCGGCGCAGGAGGCCGCGCUGAGCAGUGAGAUUUCACCGACGAGCAGUGUGGAGGAAGUCGAGAAUCAGCUCAAGAAACACGAGGCCUUCGAGAAGUUACUCGCAACACAGGAUGAGAAACUGACAACACUGAACAGCCACGGCGACAAACUCUUGCAACAGAACCACGUGGAGAGCCAGCGCAUCGCGGACGAGCUGAUGAACAUCAACGACAGGAGGAAGAAGCUGUACGAGUCUGCGGCGGCCCGUCGCGAGGCGCUCAUCCGCGCGCGUGCGCGUGCGCAGUUCGCGCGCGACGCGGCCGAGGCGCGCGGCUGGGUGGCCGACAAGCUGGCGCAGUUGCCCGCACAUCACGGUGAAGUGACAAAUCUAGAAGAUAAGAUCAAAAAGCUCCAGAAGCACCAAGCGUUCACAGCUGAGCUGGUUGCUAACAAGGCGCGACUCCAGGAGAUCCAGAACCUCGCUACCCAGCUGACCCCCGACCCGGAGGUCGAGAAACAGUUACAGGAGCUCCACAAAGACUGGGAGAGGUUGGAGACGGCUACAGAACAGAGAGGCCGAGGAUUAGAGGAGGCACAGGAUAUCCUGGAGUUCAACCAGCACUUGGACAAGAUCGAGGCCUGGAUCAGGGAUAAGGAAAUGAUGGUUCAAGCUAACGAGACGGGCAGGGACUACGAGCACUGCGAAGCGCUGCUGCGUAAGCUGGACGACCUGGACAGCGACAUGAAGGUGGACGACAAGCACGUGCGCACGAUACAGGCGCUCGCGCACAAGCUCCUGCAACAGGGACCGACUCAACAAGCGGAGACGGUGUCCGCGAGACGCGACGCCUUCCUCAGCAAGUGGAAAGCCCUCAGCGGAGCCCUGCAGCAGUACAGGGAGCGACUGACCGCCGCUCUGCAGCUGCACUCGUUCAACCGGGACGUGCAGGAGACGCGGUCGCGCGUGUCGCGCAAGGCGGCCGUGUUCGCGAGCGCCGAGUGCGGGCGCGAGCUGAGCGCGGCGCACGAGCUGCGGCGCCGCCACGAGGCGCGCGCCGCCGAGGCCUCCGCCGUCGCCGGCCGCGUGGCCGAGCUGCGCGCGCAGGCCGCGCACCUCGCGCGCAGUCACCCGGAGCAGGCCGAGCGGAUAGAGGGCAGCCUGUCGGAGCUGGACGACGCGUGGGAUAAGCUGCAGCAGCUCGCGGCACAGAGGACCAAGAUGCUGGACGAGGCGAUCGCGCAGCACAAGUUCGAGGAAAAUCUCAAGGAACUAGAGCUGUGGGUGUCGGAGACGGUGAAGCGCAUGGACGGCGCGGAGCCCGAGAGCGUGGCCGACGCGGAGGCGCAGCUCGAGCAGCAUCACGAGAGAAAGGCUGAAAUCGACGGCCGUCAGAAGGCGAUCGCUUCGCUGCUGAAAGAAGCAGAACAAGCUGGAGACCCUGAGAAGCAGAAGCGUGUCGAGAAACUGUCGUCGACGCUGGACCAGGCCUGGCUGCAGAGGAAGCAGUACCUUACGCAGGCCCACGAGCUGCAACUUCUCAAAGAACAGGCGAGGUUAGUGGAGGACUGGCUCGCGGCGAAAGAGGCCUUCCUAAACAACGAUGACCUCGGAGAAAACUUAGACGCCGUGGAGAUGCUGAUCCGCAAGCACGCGGAGUUCGGCAAGCUGCUCGAGUCGCAGGCGGGCCGCGUGGUGGAGCUGGAGAAGUUCGCGGCCGCGGCCGUGGCGGGCGGACACCACCACGCGCACUACAUCGGCCGCAGGGUGGGCGACGCCCGCGCGCGCGCCGACAGGCUCAAGGAGAGCUGCAAGCUCCGUGGCUUAAAGCUGGAGCAGUCGAAGCAGCUGCACCAGUUCCUGCGUGACCUCACGCACGAGAGGGAGUGGAUCGAGCUCAAGAUGCAGAUCGCCACUGACACUAACUACAGAGAGCUGUCGAAUCUGCAAAGCAAGAUCCAAAAGCACGCGGCCUUCGAAUCCGAGCUCGCCGCCAACAAGAAGCGCAUCGACGACGUGGCCGCCACCGGGGAGGACCUCAUAGAAGCGAAGCACUACGCCGCGCAGGAGAUCGCGAGACACGUCGAGGAUCUCGAGAAUCUGUGGAGCGAUCUUAUGUCCGCUGCGAAGCUGCGUCGCGAGAGGCUGCAGGAGGCCUACCAGGCGCGCGUGUACCUGCGCGGACUGGACGACUUUACCGCCUGGCUGGACGACGUGGAGGCGCAGCUCCUGAGCGAGGACCACGGCAAGGACUUAUCAUCCGUGCAAGCGUUGUUGAAGAGACACACGCGGCUGGAGGCGGCGGUCGCCGGGAAGGCCGACGUGGCCACGCAGCUGGCCGACACCGCUCAACAACUGGCCGACAACCAGCACUUCAUGGCGGAGGAAAUACUCGAAAAGGCCGACCAGGCCGUGAAACGCUACCGUCAGCUGCAGGAGCCGAUGCAGAUCCGACGAGACAAUCUGGAGGACGCGGCGCUCCUGCACCGCUGGGAGCGGGACGCCGAAGAGGAGUUCAGCUGGCUGGCCGAGCGCUCGGCCGCCGCGAGCUCGGAGGAGGCGGGCGCCACGCUGCCCGAGGCGCAGGCGCUGCUCAAGAAGCACCUCGCGCUGGAGGCCGAGAUCGUCGGGCGGGAGGCCACGGUGGCGGCCGUGUGCGCGCGCGCCUCGUCGCUGGCGCGGCGCGGGCACUUCGCGGCCGGCGAGCUGGAGGCGCGCGCGCGCGACCUGCGCGCCGCGCUGCGCACGCUGGCCGAGCGCGCCGCGCUGCGCUCCGCCGCGCUGCGCGAGCGCUGCGAGCUGCUGCAGCUGCUGAACGAGGUGUGGGAGGCGGAGGCGUGGCUGGCGGAGCGCCGCGCGGCGCUCGUGGGGGCCGAGUCCGGCCGCGACGAGGAGUCCGUGCUGGCGCUCAUGCGGCGCCUGGAAGCCCAGCAGAGGGAGCUGACGGCCUUCCAGCCCACGCUGGCGAGGCUCGAAAAGACUCUACAGGAACGCAGUCACGAAGACGAGCAAGUAAAUAAGAAACUAGAAGAGCUGAAGGCCAGCUACGAGGAGACCAAGCUGCUGUCCGCCAAACGGCAGCAGCGCCUGCAGCAGAGCUUGAAAUACUUCAAAUUCGUCCAGGAGUUCGAAGAGGUACAGGAAUGGAUCGGCGAGCAGAUGGCCACCGCCGCCAGCGAGGAGUACGGUCUGGACGUGGAGCACGUGGAAACACUGCAACAGGCCUUCGAUAACUUCCUCACUCAACUGAACGCCAACGAGGGGCGCAUAGAAGCGGUAUGCGAGGCGGGUAAUGUGCUGCUGGAGGAGAACACCCCGGAGGUGGACAGGGUGAAGCAGAGGAUCGAGGACAUCAAAGGGCUCUGGGAUGACCUCAAGGAGCUCGCAAUCGCUAGGCAAGAGGCUCUGGCUGGAGCUCGGCAAGUGCAUGAAUUCGACCGCUCCGCCGAGGAGACCCUCGCCUGGGUGGCGGAGAAGGAGGCCGCUCUACAGCUGCCGAGAGCACUGCACCAGCUGAGGGCCUUACGAGCUGACCUACAAGCUAUACGUGACCAGCACCAGCAUCUCACGCAAGAGGCGGAGAGACUGGGUGCGGCGUUCCCCGACGCGAAGGAGCACGUGCUCGCUAAACUGGAAGACGUCACCGAAUCUCUGGCGGCACUGGAGGAACGAGCCGCCCACAACGAACACCAACUAGAGCUCGCCGAUCAGCUGCAGGCGUACUUCGACAAAUACCAGGAGCUCAUGGCCUGGACGAACGAGACCCUCGCGAAGGUGACGGCCCCGGAGCUGAGCGCGGACGUGGCGGCGGCCGAGCGGCUGGUGGCGCGGCACCGCGACGUGGCGGCCGAGAUGGACGCCAAGGACGAGAGCUUCCAGACGUUCUACGGCGACGGCGAGAAGCUGGUCAGCGAGGGGCACUUCAUGUCGCAGGAGGUGGAGGCGCGCGUGGGCUCGCUGCGCGCGCGGCGCGGCGCGCUGGGCGGCGUGUGGGCGGCGCGCGCGCGCAUCUACGCGCUGCACCUCGACGCGCUGCUCUUCCUGCGCGACGCCGACGCGCUCGACCGCUGGAUCUCCAGCAGGGUGCCUCUCGUCCGCGACGGCAAGUACGGGGAGAGCCUCGCUCAGACGGAGGAGCUGAUCAACCGCCACCGCGACCUCGAGGAGACGAUCGACGCUCAGCGCGACAAGUUCCAGGCGCUCAAGAGGAUCACGCUGAUCGAGAAGUCAUUCAAAGACCAACAGCACGAGGAGGAGGAGGCCCGCAAAAAGUUAGCCGAGAAGCAAGAGGCGGAUCGUCUCCAACAGGUCAAGAGGAGAGAAAUGGAGAGGAUCACGGAGGAGAGGCGGAGGGAGACUGAGAUGCAGGAGACUCGACCUAGUCAGCUGCAGGAGCAACGACCGAUGUUGGUGGAGCGCCAGCUGAGCGGCGGGGCGGUGACGGUGGCGUCCUCGGAGGAGACGCUGAGCCCGGCGCCGCAGUUCGAGCGCCUGCCCAAGCCCGACGCCAACGUCAAGCGCGCCGAGAGCAUGAGCGUGGUGAAAACUCCGAAACGCACUCCAUCGUUCACGACCCGACGCCGCACGCAGAGCUUCCGCAGGCACCGCCGCCCCGACGACCUGCCGCCCGUCGAAAUCGAAGGCCACCUGGAGCGCAAGCAGGAGGCGGGCUGCGGCGGCAAGCGCGCCACGGUGCGCUCGUGGCGCGCCUACUACUCCGUGCUGUGCGGGCAGCUGCUGUGCUUCUUCCGCGACGAGCUGGACUUCGCCAGCAGCAAGGCCGCCGCGCCGCCCGUCGCCAUCCUCAAUGCUCGCUGCGACCCGGCCGGCGACUACACAAAACGUGCAAACGUGUUCCGCUUGUCUUGUGCGGACGGUGCGGAGUACCUGUUCGCCUGCUCCAACCGCGACCUGAUGAGGGAGUGGGUCGCAAAGAUCGCCUUCCACGCGCAGCUGCCCCCGCAGCUGCAGUUGACGCCCUACACCCCACCCGGGGAAUCCCCCACCGCGGACAUAAGGAGACGAUUACAGCAGAACGCGUCGUCGUCGUCGUCAGCGGCGUCGUCUCCGGAGCCGCAGCGGCGUCCGCGCACGCAGGCCGAGAUCCUGCAGCAGCACCGGGAGAGCCAGCGCGCCGACAGCGCCGACGCCGACCGACCCGCCGACCGACCCGCCGACCGACCCGCCGACCGACACAUCGAAUCUUCUGUUUUACCCUCGUUACCACCAAGACAGGCGCCGAGCCAGGAAGACGUCGCCGAAGUGGUGUUUAGGAAUUCAGAGCACGCCUCCCAAAGUUGGGGCCGGUCGAGAUUCUCAAACGGACGCGACAUCAACCAGGAGUUCAUAAAGUCACAGCGCGAUGCAACAGAGAGCGCUGUCCCCCCGUUGCCCCUCUCGGGCCCGCCGGACCGCCCCCCGACUAUCCCAGAACGAGCCCCGGCUAUCCCAGAAAGGGGCCCGAAUAUCCCCGAAAGGAAUUCGAAUGUUCUCGAAAGAAUGGACAGAGGCAACAGUAACGAGAGAUACGAAAAGAGCGAUCGGAGUUCCUCCGAGAGAAUGUCCGGCUACGACAAGAGUUCGAUGGAGAGGCAAAACCCUGGCGAGAAACAGUCGGUCACGGCCCUAGUGAACAGCUACCAGCAGAGGAUGUCGAAGAGCUACCAGGAGAAGGUGGACCCGAACAGGAACUCCGGCGGUUGGCAGAAUUACGAGAGACAGAACAAUAACUGGCAGGGCGUGGAGACGUCGCACUUUUAUUCGGCGAGCGAGCUCGCGUACGGCGGCGGCAGCGCCAGCAGCACGAGGCCCGCCUCUGUGGCCGGCAGCGGCGGCUCCCCAGCCCUCGACCAGAGACCGGCGUCUCGAUCAUCGGGAGAGUCGGAGCUGUCCGUGGGAGGAGGGACUAAAGAGAAGAAAGACAAAAAGGGGGUCUUCGGAGGACUGUUCAGCAGGAAGAAGAGACCACAGAGUCAUAUGUAACUUGUAACAGACAAAAACUAAAUUAUACAUAAUAAUCAAACAAGCCCAAUUAAUUUAUGUUUAAGGAAAACAAUCAUUCUUGAAGUCAUUCUUUGUAAUGGCAGCACUGACUGUCAAACGUCAGUGCUGUUGGAACUUUUACUCAUUUUUUAUGUAAUUUAUUAAAACUUCAAUCAUUCUUGUCUAUUCGUGCCUUUGAAUGUAGAUAUUUUGACCGAAAUUAGGUCCGUAGUACAUAAGUGCCUUAAAUGAAAUCGUUUUUGAUGUUUUUAUCGUUCGCUUAGAACUAUUUAUAUAAAGUAUUCGUGUAUACACUUUAAAAAAAACGUUCAGAAAUAUAAUUUAGAUCUUUUUAAUUUUACAUUUUGUAAGUCACAAAUUGGCAUAAUAAUAAAAAUGGCAGAUGUACGAAAUGAUUUCGAACAUUCCAUCGAUACGCGGCAUUCCAUAACGCAUUUUAAUCGAGUCUGCCAGUAAUGUUAAAAGUAUUUUGAAAUUGACAAUAAAAACUAGACUUAAGGAUAUUUAAUCAUUCGUUAAAGCAUAAUCAAGAGAUGAAUACACUCAACUCGUAAUUCUGAUUUCGAUACUGAACUUUGUGCCUCCAUACAAAGUACAAUACAAUACCACCAAUACAAUAUAAUCGUUGAUUUUACUGAGUUUAUUCCUGUUAUUUAUACAAAUCGGUGUCGAAAUCGAUUCCAUGUUUUUUUUUAUCUGUAUUUUGCAAAUUGGCGGGAAUCAAUCUGUCAAAAUAAUGGCGUAUUUUUUUACCGUUGUUCAAUUUAUUUUUUUUAGUUGUGUACGUUUAGUAUUUAAGAAUUAAAUUGUAAUUUUACAAAAACGAUCGUGUGAUCCAUCAAUUGUCUUAUGUUAAACUUUUCAACGUAAUUACUUGUAUUG